AUGGGCAGGGCAGAGUUAUCCGUCAAUGUCAGCGUGAAAGGUCUUUCUAAGAGAUUAAUAAUCUCUCGCUGUCUUUAUAGCGCAAUAGUUGGCAUUCAGUUUCAUAUUUUCCCUUCAUUAAAUUCUUUAAUGUAGUUAUUUAUAGUUAUACAGAUUAUUCAUUUUUAAUUCUAAAAGGUCCAGAUACCUCCAGUUCAUUAUUUGCUGGUUAAAAGAAAUGCACUUUCUAGUUAUAAUGCGAGCUUAACGUUCUACGCACAGCAAUCGGUCACGCACGCCUUGCGACAAAAACUAUUUGAAUUCAUCGUUCAUCGCGAGCGUAAAAUUGCGGAUAAAUAGCUCGCCUUAUAAACUUCAAUCAAUAUUCUCGUCAAAGCUUGCCGGAUCACUGGUGCUAUAAUCUACAUUAUGAUACUACUGAACACUAUUAGGAUGUCCUAGUAUGCAUUUUGUCUCAUUUUGAACUUCGUUUACAUUUUGUGGUGUAAUGUUUUUUUGGUAGUACCAGCAAAAUUUAUUACCGAACCUAAGCGUUCCAUAACUGCUUACAAGACAUGGGACACUGUGCUCCAAUGUGACAUCUUUGGUUACCCUUCCCCUGUGAUAACAUGGACAAGAUCAGGCGAGCAGCUUUCAGUCAACAGGCAUUUUAGUAACGGUUCCCAACUUAUGAUUCAAAACACAACAGAGGACGAUGCAGGCGCUUACGUUUGCCAGGGAACCAACCAAAUGGCAAACGUUAUGAGAGUGAUAUGGGUUAUCGUUAAAGUUGUUGGUGAGUAUAAAAAUGUUAAGAACCCACAAAUAGACAACAAAAGAGUACAAUAAGAGUCUAAACAACCAUUAUUGGAUUUAUGCAAACUGUUAGUUAUUCAAAUGGUAAAUCUAAUUUUGUUUGCCUAUCUAUAAAGUGAAUCCCUACAUGGUAUCCAGUCCUCCCGGUGAAAUCAAGGUACAACAUGUUGGUGAUACUGUGACAUUAAACUGUUCAGCUGGUGGCUCGCCAUUACCCAAGGUCAUGUGGUUCAAAGGUGGUCUACGUAUUAAUUCUAGAGCUAUGAAUGACGGAAAAUAUUUGAUAUCGAGUGAAGUUAUCAUUCAUCGCUUCAAGCCAAGUGACUCUGGGCUCUACUUAUGUCGCUUUUAUAACGACAAGAAUGUUACCGCAGAAUCCAACACAGAUAUGAGUAUGUCGCAUUUUGUUCAUCAACAAUGCCUAAAUUCAUUGCACGUACCUUCUUGUUAACUAGAUAUUUAGCAUUUUCUGGCCCUAUUUUUUAGCACGGCACUGAGAGUUAAACUGGAAAUUAAGCACCGAACACUUUUUUUUUUUAUGACAGCCUAAAUUAAAGCUUUUGUUAUAUGAGACCUAAUUUUUUUGUCUUUCCAUUUCUAAGAAAGAAGAAGCCGCACCUUUUUUCCUAAUCUUCGCCUUUCUUUGUCCUUUUCCAUUUACUUAUUCUGACUGUUUAGUCAUUUAUUUAUUCGUUAUUAGCUCUCGUCAACUGUGGUGAUCCGGGUUCUCCAUCAAAUGGACGUAAACAUGGCUCACGAUACUGGACCGGUGAAUCUGUGUCCUAUGUCUGUGAUCCCCAAUAUCACUUAGCUGGUCCGGCAAUAAGAAUGUGUUUGCCCUCUGGUAGUUGGAGUGGGUUACAACCCUCAUGUAAGUUGUUUGUCUAUAUUCGUUGUCCAAAUUAAGAACAAGAGAUCAAACAAAAAGGGCAAUAAACGAGGUAUCGGCAUAGUAGUCAGGUAGACUUUGUAAAACCUUUCCCCAAGCACCUUAAUCAUAACCAUUACAAUUUCCUCAAAUGUGAUUGGUGCAUUUGCUGCUUUAUUUUUCACUAAUCAUUCUGUAGACCUGUAAUCGGACAGUGUAAUCAGACAGUUGAAGUAGCCAAUCAUACUAACCCCACUCAGCUACAUCCAUCAUUCACAGAAUUUAUCACAAUAACCAUAGCAACAACCACUUAUCCUGAAAAAAAAUUGAGGAAUUUCCAAAAUGGAAGUUUUUUACUUUAGACAUUGUCUCUACCAUAGAUAUUUGACCUGAAUGUAUUUGUUGUUUUUGAAAAUUGUAACUGUUAUGAUUAAUUGGUAACAGGACUUCUUGUCGUCCAAUUCUGUCUAUAACCAUACUCGUAAUUAACAAAUCGGACUCCCGCUUCACGGUCGUCCAAUUAUGUAAAUCACUCGUAUUACUACAGACCGAAUUGGACUGCACUCGGUCCUGUUACCAUUAUAUUUAUAUAUAUUAAAUAAAUUCCAUAUCAACUACUGAAAUUAUCUAAUUCAUAUUUCCCCAUUAUUGUGCAAAAUAUCUCGAAGGCAUUGAAUUCGUGGCGGUAAGUGGAGUAUUUCUCAUAUGCUGGCAUAUCGUUGCCAUGACUGAGCAAUGUUUAUGUCGUUUCUGAGGCGUUAGAGCACAGUGAUGGUUUAUAAGAAGUGGCUGCAAAAUUACCAGCCAACCGUAAAAAAAUUUACUUAUUUUUUGAAAAUUCUGACGUUGCUAAAAUUUUUAAAACGACAACACUUAUAGAGCAAUUUUAAAUUGAGUGCCGAAAGUAUUAAGGGGAUCGGUAUAGGUUUUGCUUUGCUUUGCUCUGUGAUUGGUCUAAGAGACUCGUACCAUUCUCUUCACCAAUCAGAUGCAAAACUUAAACCAAUCACGCCUUGGUCACCUGCGUUUUCCCGCGCUUUAGGCAGUUUAGUCGGUUUUCCUUUGAGUUCUUAUUGGCUCUUAGAGGUAAUUCCUUUCUUCUGCUUUGAAAAAACUUUGGUUUUGGUUUAACGACAUUCAAUCGAAGAGGGCUCUAAUGAUUGAUAUAAAUAAUAAUAAUAAUGAUGAUAACAACAAUGCAGGAGAGGAUAUUCUCUCUUGCUACUAUAUUGAUAAUAUUAAUAAUGUUGAUAAUGUAAGUGAAAUAUAGAAGUUAGUAUCAGAUACUAUUAAUUACUACCCAUUAAAUGCAGUUUAAUAUGGGAGAAUUUGCCAUUCUUUGAAAAGCCCCAUGCAUUUUUUUGUUUGGGAAAUAUUUUGGUAAAUGUAACAGGCCUUUUUCUGGUUGAGAUCCCGGCUAUUGGUUAAUUGGAUCUCAACACCAGAUUGGGAUUGCGCAUUGGGUAAAGAUUCUAGGUGUUAAGAGAGCCUGCUUGUCGAAAAGCGUGCUGCUCACUAUUGGUAUACAAUGGUUUCUAAGAAGAGAAGUAGUGCCGCUUAAAACUCUACAUUUUGAUUCAGGAAGGAGCUUUGAGACGAUGAAUCUACUCUCCAAUAUUCAAGGAUCGAGCAAUUCAAAGUUAUCUGAGUGAGGUGUUAUUACUCAGACACACGAAAAUUCGCCAGGCUUCAGAAAUAUAUUAUAUAGUUUUUGUCUUGAAAUAAAAACUUUUUCGUGUGUUCAGAAUUUAUAACACUUCUCCGGUAAUGCAUAGCUAACAGAGAACCAUUGAACGGCAGGCAUGCAGUCCUCAGUUUUUCUGCUUUCAUUUUCAACGGUCUUAUGUGCCAAGUUUAAAAAUCAAUUUGGAUGAAAUGUAUUUGUCAAGGAAAUUAACUUAUUUUAAUUUUCAAACCUGUGAACAACGAUGAUUUCUGAAAAACAUACCCUUCAGAUAAUUGCCCCACUUCGAAUAACUGAGAUGACAACAUAAAGGCUCCGGGCGUUUAAAUGAAAAUCUCAAUACUUUUUCUAUUUGUCAGGUUUUAAAAUGCCAUUAAGUAUCAUUCCAAGUUAUGACUUGUUCCAGAGCCUUCUGCGAUUUUUGGAUUCAAAUUCUUACAAACGCUGGACGUUGUGUUACCGUGCCUCCUCUCACGGCUGGGCCGCAAGUACUUUUCACAGUCGCUGUGAUGGAAAGCCGCACACUGUUACUAUCAUAAGAAAAAGCCCGUACGUGUUUGGAGGAUACACCGACAUUGCUUGGGGCAAGAAAAUAGGCUUAUUUAGAGAAUAA